CGAGAUCAGUUUGUUUAUUGACCGGUCAAGUACUCAGUUUCGUGGUAGUGCGGCGCAGCGGCGGUGAGACGACUUCUCUCGUUUGGUAGGAACAGUGCGUGUGCGGUUUGAGAUUAACGAACAAAAAAAUUGGAGUAUCCUUUUUCUCGCGCUGGUAAUAAGCGAUCCUAAGUGAGCCACUGACCAGAAGGGUGCAUCGAACAACUUACUUAGUCGAUAGUAGUUUUGCCGUGAACCGGUUAUCAACGAUCGAACUUGACUUUCGGUUUGCGGUCGCGGUGUGCUCAAUCGAUUGCACUAAAUCAAAAGGUGUAAGCGGAAAGCAAAAAAAAGCUGCUAGUAAAAUGAAGCGAUUGCUGUUUGGUGGAAUGUUGGUGGUAUUGAAUCUAGGAUUCAGUUACGCCUAUUUGGAACCAGCCCUGUCGGUAUGCAAAGCGAAGGAUCCCAACAUUGACAAAUGCAUCAUCGACGUCAUCGAACGGAUCAGACCGAACAUCGCUUCUGGCAGCUACGGUUCCGAACGGCAGCAUCCCAAGAUUGAACCGGUGGUAGUCGAACGGAUCAGCAUCGAGCGGGGCCCCUCGUUUUCGGCUAACUUCUCCGACCUGGUGAUCGCCGGAUCUUCCAAAUUUAUCAUCAAGAAGCUGAAGGCCGACUUGUCGCAGAAGCAGAUCAAUGUCAGUGUGAUUCUGCCUGUUCUGAAUGUCACAGGCAAAUACGUGUUGAAUAUGAACAUUCUGGUUCUGCGAAUCAGCGGCAAGGGCGAUAUUCGUGCACAGCUCAAUGACACCAAAGCCAUCCUGCGUCUGAAGUACUUCACCGAAUCGGUCGACGGCAAAGAUCUCGUUCGCUUCCGGCCAAUCGAUCUGAAGAUAAAAUUCGACAAGGCCUCGUUCUACCUGAAGAACCUGUUCAACGGUGAUCCCAUGCUGGAAAAGGUCGGAAACGAUGCCAUCAACGAGAACCCACACGUGCUGCUGGACGAGGUGAAGUCGUCUUUCGAGGAGGGACUUUCCGAGCAGUUUACCGCCACCGCCAACAGUUUGGUGAAACAAUCGGAGCUGAAGGAGAUUUUCCCAGACUGGAAGUGGCACGUGUCUUUUUCUAUGAGAUUGACGAUUAAGAUUUCCUGCACCGCACCCAUCCUGACGGCCUGCGCUCGCGACGAUCCCAAGUUCGAGAAAUGUGUCAAGGAGGUAGUGGAGCGAAUUCGUUCCAACAUUGCGGUAGGAAACUACGGCGAAGGUCAACCGCUGGCUCCACCGCUUGAACCUAUUUUCAUCGAUCGAAUGCACAUUGAUCAUGGUCCCAGCUUUCAGGCCACUCUUUCCAACGUGACAAUCAAAGGAUCCGGAGACUUUUCCAUCCGACGGGUUAGGCUUGGUAUAGACGAUAAGAUGAUGAACGUUAGCGUGAAGCUUCCCAUCAUGCUUGUAAAUGGACAGUAUUCGUUGGAUAUGCGUUUACUGUUGCUGAGAAUCACCGGCCAAGGAGAUUUUGAUCUGCUGCUAAAUAACACGAUUGCCAACAUGCGGCUCAAAUACCAUCUCGUGCCGGGAGAAGACGGCCAGGAGAAGGUCCAAAUGUAUCCGAUCCAGGUGAAGCUGCGGUUCGACAAGGGUCAGUUCAAUUUGCACAAUCUUUUUAACGGGGAUCCGGAGCUGGGUCAAAUCGGAAAUAGUAUCAUUAACGAAAAUCCGCUUAUUCUACUCGAAGAAGCGAAGCCUGCCUUUGAGGAAGCUUUAGGACGAAUAUUCAGUGAAAUGGCCAAUAGUGCGAUCAGUGGUGCAACUGAGCUGGAUAUUUUCCCGCUUUAAUUAGCCACGUAGGCAAAGUAAGCAUGAUCGUUUGAUAAAUUUCUAUUUUGUUGCGUGUUAAAAUAAUGCGGCACAGUCACCUUCAAUUGAAAUAAAUAGAUUUUUGAUACUGAUGACUAACUUA